AUGGCCUCCGUGGCGCAAGGCGGCUACCUAAACCCCAUGGCGGCCUUCGCAGCGGCCCAGAUGCAGCAGAUGGCGGCCCUCAACAUGAACGGGCUGGCGGCCACCCCAAUGACACCCACCUCAGGUGGCAGCACGCCUCCAGGCAUCACUGCACCAGCCGUGCCUAGCAUCCCGUCCCCCAUUGGGGUGAAUGGUUUCACUGGUCUCCCGCCACAGGCCAAUGGGCAACCUGCAGCAGAAGCCGUCUUUGCCAACGGCAUCCAUCCUUACCCAGGUAGGACAACAUUUUGGCCUUGGGAACCUCUCGAUUCUGACCCGAUACUUUUCGCUG